GAUGGCGUUUGUUGAUUGUUUGAUUAUUAAUCGAACAUGUGUGAUGUGUUCUAAUUCGAAUUUUUUUGUUUUUUUUUUGAAAUUUGAAAAAGAAAAAUGUCCACCAAAUCGAAACAUUUAAAGAAUAAAUCACAUCGACGACAUCAAAAUAAUGAUGACGAUGAUGAUGACGAUCAAAUGACAAGUAAUGUUGUUUUUAAUCAACGAAAUCCAAAUGAUAAUCCCGAUGAUGAUGAUGAGGAUCAAAGUGAAGAAGUUGAUGACGAUGACAUCGAAGAUGAUAAUGAUGCUGAUGAAAAUAUUGAAUGUAAUAUUAAAAUUGCAAUGUGGGAUCUACAACAUUGUAAUCCAAAACGUUGUACUGGUCGUAAAUUGGUACGAAUGAAUCUUUGUCGUUGUUUGAAAUUGGGUCAAAAAUUUAAUGGUAUAAUAUUGACACCAAUUGCAACCAGAUGUGUAUCACCAUCUGAUCGCAGUAUUGUUGAUAAUGAUGGUAUAGCUGUUGUUGAUUGUUCAUGGAAUCGUAUUGAUCAAACACCAUUUCAUAAAAUGAAAGGUCGUCAUUUACGUCUACUACCUUAUAUGUUGGCAGCAAAUCCAAUAAAUUAUGGUACACCAUGUAAAUUAUCCUGUGUUGAAGCAAUUGUAGCAACACUUUGGAUUACUGGCCAUAUUGAUCUAGCUAGAUUUUAUAUUGGUAAAUUUAAAUGGGGCAAUGGAUUUGAAAAAUUAAAUGCCGAAUUAUUUCAAAAAUAUUCUUUAUGUAAAAAUUCCGAACAAAUUAUUGAAAUACAAACAAAAGCAAUGGAUAUUAAUCCGAUUAUUGAACAAACAAGGAAUCUUGAUCUACCACCAUCGGAAAGUAGUAGCGAUGAUGAUGAUGAUGAUAAUGAUCAGGAUAACGAUAAUAAAGGAUAAUGUAAACACAGAAAAAAGGUUGGCAGCAAUUUUUUCACAAAAUUAAAUUAAAUUUUUUGGCCAAUUUGAUUA